AUGGUCUCCCUACAAGUAGUGGUGGCUGUCGUGUUUCUCAGCUCCGCCUGGAAGUACCCAAGACUUGUCAGAGUUUUUGCAACUCUGGAGCUCGUCUAUUGUGGUCUCCAGCACAAGACAUCAGAGAUCAAAGCCGCAGUAAAGAUUUUUGGAAUCUGUGCCGUCACAGCAACAUCAGCCACCAUAUAUGAGAGAAUUGGCUCAGUGAUAAAUGAUAGGAUAACAGUUGGACGAAUAAGUUCAUUCGUGCUAUCAUUUAUUCCGAUGAUUCUGCUGCACUGCUCCCAAGCUGCUCUGUUCGUCCACUUCACACAUGUCACUCAAAGUAUUGCAAAGUCCUUCAGAAUGGUCAAUACCAGAAUGGAAAAAGAAAUUGUCAGUUAUAUAGUUGAUGGGAUUGAAACAAACCACAGUCUGCCCGAUGUUAACGUCAUCCAUCCAGCUGGCGGUGCAUUUUCCAAGAUCAAAAAACUGAGGACUCUGAUGAACACCUACUGGAUGCUGUGUAACGCCGUACACCAGGCUAAUGUAUUCUACGGUGGUCAGCUGAUGGCUGUUAUCUUCUCCGCAUUUAUCCACAUUACUAUCAAGUUCUAUUUCUUGUUCUUGAACGUCACAACCGGUAAAGUGUUCUUAACUAUCUCUGAGGGAGCCUGGAUCCUAACCUACAUCUGCUUCCUGGUUGUGUUGGUUAACUCCAGCACAGACGUCACUAACUCGGGCGAUGAGACAGGGCAGAUGAUCUGCAAAUUAAUCAACAAAGACCUUGAUCCAAUCCUGAGCAAACAGAUGGCUGGAGCGGUGACAACUUACCUGGUGAUACUGAUCCAGUUUCAGGCUCCGCCAACAUCUACUUAG